UUGUUUACAGGUGGAGGAGGAAGGCGUGUCGUCUCAGCUCGCGAGGGAAAAUACGGAAAAUUAAGGGAAACAAAGACCCAAAAAUGUCCCCAAACGAAGAGAAAGACGCUCCUUUGCUCCCUUGGGAUAAUUUCAGUAACUGGGUGCACGCGAUAUGUGUCGUCACGUUCGAUUUAGAGCUCGGGCAAGCCAUGGAGAUGAUUUAUCCAGGCGACCGCGAACUUACAGAGCGCGAACGGACCAACAUUUGCUACCUGGCUUUUCCCGACAGCAACUCCGGCCUGAUGGGGAAUGUCCAGUUCCACUUUCGCAUCCGCCAGUGCCCCCAGUCGAAUCCCUUGCACACCCGCCCGGCCAUUCACCAGUACAAUGCCACGUGUCCGACGAGCAUACAGACUGAUGAUGGCUACCUUUAUGGCUAUGUGUACUUCAGGCAAGUGAAAGACCGCACACUCAGGAGAGGAUAUUUUCAGAAGAGUGUGGUAUUACUUUCCCACCUGCCACUGGUGUCGCUCUUCACAAGUGUGCUAGACUUGAUGGCACCAGAAUAUUUUGAUACUGGGGAAGCCAGCCUGGAAGCUGCUUGUCACCACCUCGACCAGUGGCCUCUGCCAACACCAGGUGUUACCCUUAGUCUUCCUCUGCUUGGAACUCUGAUACAGGUUCGAAUUCCAAGUCGGCAGGACAAGCCAGGAGCUUCCACAUUAACACCACCAUCCCCUCCCCACACAUCUCCUGGACCUUUGACAAUCAUGGUGCCAUCUCCGCAUGAAACAGAGGCUUUCAGAGUUCUAGCUCCGGUGCUGCCUCACCUAAACCUCUUGUGGGAAUUGGUGAUCACUGCCGAACCUUUGGUGGUGAUGGCAACAUCGCCAACCACUGCUGCCAAUAUGGUGCAAACCCUAGUCAGCCUUAUUGCUCCACUCAAGUACAGCGGAGACUACCGACCCUUCUUUACCAUCCAUGACUCAGAGUUCAAGGAGUACACAACUCGUACUUCUGCUCCUCCCAAUGUGAUCCUUGGAGUGACCAACCCAUUCUUUGCCAAGACGCUCCAGCACUGGCCACACAUCAUCAGGAUUGGGGAUAACACUGGAUCCCCAAGUACACAGAAGCAUAAAUUAAAGAAAGCUUCAGCUCUCAAAACAGUUGAACAGAAACCUGGUGUGUACACAAAGUACCGACCUCACCUACAGGCUGACAAGGGUUUAGUAAAGCGAUUACUGAAGGGUGUGCAAACAGGACGACCAGUAGAGGUACAGAGUGCACUCCUAAGACGACAUCUUUUAGAGUUAACACAGUCCUUCAUGAUUCCAUUGGAAAGAUAUGUAGCUUCCCUGAUGCCACUUCAGAAGAACAUUUCACCAUACAAGGCAAUACCCAGUUUGCGACCAUUUAACCCAGAUGACUUCUUAGCCACACUUGAGCUGUAUGGGCCACAGUUGACAACUGGAAUCCGUGGAGACUGGGAAGGUCUCUACCGACGAUUCUUCCGUUCCAUCAAUUUCUCGGUGUGGUUCAAUGCCCGCUACGAGGAGGUGUCAGACAAGCUCUCAAAACUCCAUCUCCAGGCCCUCAGUGAUGCUGAUUUAAGUGGAUGGGCUUGCAGUCGUAGUGAAGUGGAAGUGGUUGACAUGGUCUUACGCUUGAGGGCCAAACUGACAACAGCAGACACUCUUCAUGUAAGCCAACAUACAAGGGAUAAACUCAAUGCCAACUUACAGACCCUCUUCAAGUCACUACCUGAGGACUUGCAGUCAGUUCUCUGUGCCACCUGAGGGAGGGGAAGCCUUGGUGGAUUUGCCAUCAGAAUUUAGAAGUAAAAUGUUUGUCAGGCAGUAUGUGUGCUCUUAGACAAGCUUCAGGAAGUCUUGUUUUUAUUAUUGAUUCUUUUUGUGAAGGAGGCUUCUUCUAAGGCAUGCAGUCUUGUCUUGUCACGUCCAGACAUGUUGCCAUACUGUGCUCCCUCCAACUCUGAUGGUAUCUUAAUGUUAUGCAUGUGUUAGACUUACCAGUUUGCAGAAAUAACAGCAGGUGUUCAAUGUGGAAAAAAAGGGUAAUGAUGUGAGAAUUAUUUUAUUAGAUGGUGAUUCAUAUAUUGCAGAUUUGCCUUCAGCAAUGGCUAAAGUAAGUAGUAUUGAGCAUAUUAUACAGGAGGGUGUGACAAUAUUUAUUAUGCUUUUUAUCAUUAGGUGAUGACCAUUGGAGAGGUAUUUUGAUGUCAUAUGUUACCUCCAGUGCCUUCUGAUAGGGUAGGAUUGAUGGGUGUUGGUCACAAUGGUAAUAUGGUAAUGGAGAAAGAUCAAUCAUUGCCCAUUUGUGAUCUUUGGUGAAAUCAUGAAGUUUCACCAGGACGUGAUAAAGAUACAUAUGUACCAGGUUCACUAACUUGGUAAGAGUUACAUUGAGUUUCAUAUCAUGACAUGUUUGCUCAAUGUAGAUUGGGAAUGUAUGAUAAUCAGUAUAAAUCUUACCAUUCAGUGAGAUUUGUAUGUGAGGAAUCUGUGUUCUUUCAGUGUUGUCCUUGGUUGUAACUCACCAUAUGGUGCCAUGAUGGGUAGACAUGGUUACUUCCCUUGGUAUUAGAUAGAAAUAAGCUGGAAUGUACAUUCUCAAGUGGGUGCUUCUUGCAAAGGUUCUUCUCUCAGUAAAUCCAGUUCUGUAAUCAGUGUCUCAGUAAUCAAUACCAUGUAUGUAUUAAAGCAUACUAUUUCAUCAUCUUUAGAGGUUGCAUAUAAUUUGUUUCUCAAUGAUAAUAGUGCCAAUAUUUUGCAGUCCAAAUGACUUUCUGAUACCUGAAAUGUUUUAAAUUAUUUUGUUGGAAAUCUGUAGACUGAAUUAUGCUUACUUUUGCUGACAAGUAAGUUCUUGUAGAUAUUAUUAUUUAUCUGUAAUUAUUUGCCUUAGUUGAUAAGAAAAUAUCUCCUUGUCAAAAAAAUAAAAUAAAAAAAUAGCCCAUCAGUAGUAAAAAAAACAUUGAUUUCUCAUGCUUCAAAUAUUGCUAAACAAUGAUUGUAACUCUCACUCAUCGUCACAUACAGUGGUUGGCUAAUAUAAUACAUGGUGCUAAUAUCAUAAUCUCCAGUAGGGAACUGUUCACUAUUUGGGUUCUGAAAAGUGACAAGUGCCUGUGAAAAAGCAGACUAGGGUUUUUACAGAGUAAUGGGCAUAUUUCUUGUACUUCAGGAGAGAAGAAAUAGGUUUGAGAAUAUUAUCAUAGGGAUGCCAUGUAAAUGGUUAGAUUAUUUUUUUUAGCCAAGAGGUAAUUAUUCUCUUAUUGUGGUUGAUUAAACAAAUGCCAUAAUUAAUAACAACCCUUUUGGGAUUACAGAGGGAUGAUAUCCAGCAUGUCGUUUCUUGCUUUUUUCUACAUAAGAAUGGGUAUUUUUGUUAAUAUUGUUUUAACUUUUUCUUGUGUUUAAUCUUACGUUACAUUCUUAGCAAAUACAAUAUUUGAAUGAUGUAGUUAGGACUUAUCUCACCAUUUUGAUGUGGGAUAUAAAACUAUAGUCAGUUCUGUUACUUUUGUAACCUUAUAUGUUAUGUUGUGUAGAAUUUAGUUAUUUUUCCUUCAAAUUUCUAAGCAUAUCUUUAUUAUAAUCUGAAUUUUGUGGAGCUAAAGUGGAUGCUCUUUAUAUACACAUAUUUACAAUUAAUUUUCCUUUAAUUAUUUUGGAGUUGAUACAACAAUAGCCUGUAGGGAAAAUAUCUGAUAAUCAUUAGUACUCAUUUUGAAAUUGACAGAAGUGCAAUGAGCUUCAUUAUCAAGGGCAGGCCAGUUGCAUUUUAUGUACUAGAAAUUGGAUAUAUUACCCCAUAGUAUUUUUUAUUUAGUCAUUUUAAAAAUUUGUGUAAAGUUUGAAUUUCAUUUCAAGUAUGCCUUAUUUGAAUAUCUUGGAUUGGAAUUCAUUGUCUCCUUGAAUGUUCAGCUACCAGUUUCUUAAGGGAUGGAUGUGUAUUUUGGGGGAUUUUAGAAUAGCUAACAUUUCCUGAAAUCAUUGCCAAAAAUUUCACAUAUAGAUGGCAACUUCAUUUUGUUAUCUUGGUACCUUCAAUUUUGCCAAAAAAAAUUGUGAAUUUAGAGCUUGCAUAAUAUUCUAAUAAAGUUGUGCAUAACAUCAGCAGCAGUCCUGUUCUUCUUUGAGAAAUUAAGAGAUUAGAUACAGAUAAAUGUGUAUAAUCUCAUUUGCUUCUUUAGAAAAAUGGAAAAUGAAAAUUAUCCUGUGAUAAAUGUAGUAUUAUGUAUAGCUUUAAUUUGUUAGCAUUGUCACAACUGUCUUCAGAAUUGUAGCUCAUGUUCUCUCUCAUCAAGGAAAAUUGUUCUCUGAUGAAGUUUAUUUCAUCCUGUUGUUAUUAUUAUUGUUAGUGUUAUAUCAUCAUGGUUAAAGGGUAUGAUUAUCAAUGUUUUUGUUGUAUUUGAUAAAGAAAAUUCAAGUCUCUUGAACCGGGUUCCAGGAUGGAUUAUUGUUAAAUGUUGUUUCAUCAUGGUUAUGGGUAUGAUUAUACAAUAGAUUUUUUUGUUGUAUUGAUAAACAAAAAUUGUCUCAUACAUUCUAAAAAUGUUAAUGAUUCAUGCUAGUAUCCUCGUCAACUCACAACUUGGGUAUAGAAAUGGAAUAAGUUAACCAUUUCUUAUUAAAAAUAGUGAGAGUAAUUUUGAACUUACAGAAUGCUAUAUGGAUACUUUGGCAGAUAUUCAGAACAGGCUGUAGAGUGUCAAGUAAUUUUCUUAAAACUUAAUUUUUUAUGUAUUUUAAAGCCUGCCUUUUUAAAUAGAAAACAUAGCUUUUAGACAUUUUUACAGAUAUUGGUAUUCAUAUAAAGAUGAAGUGUUAAGUACUGUUUUAAUCAAAGAAAAUUGCUGAUAUCUUCUUAUAAAUUAAUUCAUCAGACUAUUAGUUUUCUAUUUUAACUUAUAUCAAGGAAUGAGAAGGGGAAGGGUCUAAGUGGCUAGUGACAGUAGGGCAUUUUAUUAGUAUCUAGUUUCACAAAAAGAGAUAAAGCUUAAAGGUUUCUAGAAUGGAUGUGCUUAAUAUACCUGGAAUACAAUCUGGAAUCUAGUUAAAGUAUACUUGAGAAAUGUAUAUAAAGUAUUUUGGGUAGCACAGGUGACAGUGGUAGUAUGAGCCUUACAUCAAUUAGCUGUGUGAAAACUGUUUCACUGUAUGUGUAAUUGAAGAGGAUACUGGUAUUUCCUUGGAGUUUUUUUUCAAUUUUCAUGUAACAAAUGAUGAUGUUCCAUUCAUCCUAAUUUGUUUUGACACUAUGAUCAGUUUCGUAUGAUUACUUGGAACUUAUUCCUGUAUACUGAUGCAGGUUUUUCACAAAAAUGAUACUGUAUUGCAUGGAAAUUUAUCUGAUUUACUGAUAAAUGUGAUUAUAAGAUUUUAACAAAAAUACAUACAUCUGUCAUAAGAAGUAACUACCAAUGUGUCAUAUUUGAUAAAGGUAUUUUACAAUCUUCAAUAGUAAAAUAUCUUAUUUUAAACUGUCAACUGUCAGGUUGUUUUAAGAGGAAUUUAGAAAGAUGAAAAUCUUUUUCUAACUCAAAACUUGAAGACAGUAUAGUAGCUUACUGCAGAUGAAAUUGGGUAAACAUAGUAAACCACUGGUAUGGUUAUUCAAAAAGGAUAGCACAUAUGAGGUUGACACACAUUUAAAAAAAAAUUUGUUACCACUUUCUUUCUAACUGACUGAUCUGGCACAGCGAGAAGGUAUGCAUUGAUAAUCAUUAAGAUAUUGAGGUCACUAAUUAUACUACAUAGACUGAUAAGAGAAUCAUAUUAUGGACAAACAAUCAUAUUGUUUGGACUAAGAUAAUAAGGCUUCUUAGCCCAUUAAAUUGAUAUGUGUAAUACAGUAAUUGUUGUACAAUUUAUUUAAAUUCAUCAAGUGCCAAUUUUUCGGCCAAAAUGUUCUCAACUGCUGUUGCUUUUAGGGCUACCACAUGGUUGGAAAUUUAUAAUUGUAUUAAUUGCUCGUGUCAGGAAUGAGGAACUAAAGUGCCAUAUAUACCCCAGUUUAUUGUAUACUAUUGAAACUUGCCAAGAAAUGUUUUUAGUUUUGAAAGUUUUUUUGUUUUUUUUAAGAAUAAGCAAAUUACAACCUAAAAUUCUUGGUGGGCAAAAGUAAAUAGUGAAAUUCAGUUACUGAUAUUUAUGAGGGCAGUGAAGCAACUACUUGCUGGACAUAUACAUAUGAUUUAAAAAAUUAACUUUUUUAUGUACCUGAAAAGAUUUAAUCAUUAAUUUAUUUUUUUCCUUUUGGAUUUACUCAGGAUAAUAUGUAAAGCAUUAAAGGAGGGAGUUUUAUCCCAGUUGACUUCCAGAGAGGUUUUCAAAUGUACUACAGAAUAUAUUUCACCUCAUUCAUUAUUAGAAAUGUAGUGAUUGUGCUCUAAAAAAAACAGGUUAUGUAUACAUGCAUGAACUUAUUCAUUUGCAUACAUGUAUACAUAUAUAUUCAAAUUUUAGUUUAAAAAAAUAAAAAAAUAAAGAAACAAAAAAGUGAUAAAAAGUGGCGCAUGAUUUAUGGGUCAGAUUACCUGUAUUUUCUCUAUUUCCCUUUUCAAAGUAUGUUUAAGAAUGAUAAUGCUUAUGACUAUAAGCAGUUGGUGUUCUUUCGUAAAGCUAGAAUAUAUACAGAAACUUGAUGAGCAAUCAUCCAGAAAUUGUCUUUUGUGUUGUAACGAAAUCUUUGUAAUACUCAUGACAGAAUAAAAUAUAUUUUCUCA